AUGGCGCCCCGCCCGCUCCCCAGGCCCCCUCUCCCCGCCCCCGCCCUCCUGCUGCCCUUGCUGCUUUUGUGCACUUGGCUGCCCGAAUUUUCCUGUCGAAUCGCCGUGGAGGACAUCAUCGUGCCGGAGGGCUUCGCCGUGAACAGCUUCGCCAACGGCGAGGUCCCAAUGGCGCGCAGCCUGGCGCUGAGCGGCGGCGACAACGGCGGGGCGACCAUCGUGUAUGUGUCCACUAGGAAGCUUACCAACGUCUACGCGGUGAUCGACGAGGACAGUGAUGGGACGGGCGACCGCGUGGUGACGGUGAUCGAUGACAGGGACACCCCCAACGGCAUCGCCUGGAGGAACGGCUCCCUUUACCUUGCGCAAAUCGACGCCGUGUGGCGAUACGAUGAUGUUGAUGAGCAGGCCCUCAGGGGAGAGAAACUUCAAGACCCCAUCCUUAUCAGCGACGCCUUCCCAUCAGACCCAGGCCACGGCUGGAAGUUCAUCAGAUUCGGCCCCGAUGGGAAGCUGUACAUCCCGGUGGGUGCCCCAUGCAACAUUUGUGAGCUGGAGGACUUUGGCGACAUAGCAUAUGGCACCAUCAAUUGCAUGAGUGAAGACGGAUCUGACCUCGAAAUCUACGCCACGGGGGUCAGGAAUACCGUGGGGUUCGACUGGCACCCCUUCACCAGGGAGCUGUGGUUCACCGACAAUGGGCGGGACAGGAUGGGCGACAACCUACCUGACGAUGAGCUGAACAUCGCGCUGGAAAAAGGGCUGGACUUUGGAUAUCCGUAUUGUCACACAGAGGGCGAGGGAGACCCGUACAACAGGCCCGCUGGGGCUGGGAAGGUGGUACCGGACACGACCUUCGGCACAUUCAAGAAUUGCUCAGACCCGGAGUCGCACCAGCUGGCGGUGCAGCCCUUGGGGCCCCACGUGGCCGCUCUUGGCAUGCGGUUCUACACUGGCACCAUGUUCCCGGAGCGCUACUGGAACUCCGCCUUCAUCGCACUGCACGGAAGCUGGAAUCGAGAAGACAAAAUCGGCUACAGUGUGCUGAACGUGCGCCUCGGCGCAGACAACCGCACCGUGGAGUCCGUGGAGACGUUUGCCGGCGGGUGGCUGCUCGGCGACGGCGACACCGUCUGCGGCCGGCCUGUGGACGUCGAAAUCAUGCCCGACGGCUCCCUGUUGGUGUCUGACGACUACGCGGACGACGUGUACAGGAUCACCUACACACAACAGGAAGCCGACAGCUCAGGAUAG